GGUACGGAAAACUACGAGUCCAAAGCAUCAUUGCGGUAGGAAACAUCCAAUCAAAGGCUAACAUCAUGUCACGUGCACCGCUAAUGCGCCGAAGGUCGGAGCCGCAGUUGGGGCUGAAAAUAAAACUCUACGAGCUCUAAACAUAGAGUUGUAGCAACAUCUGCCGAAGACACUGAACUCCACAUCAACAGCAAAGUGCAGUGUUGCAGAGUCUGGCAGUGAGAAUGCGAUGGAGCCAUCUGUAUCUCCAAAAGAAGAUGAGAUUCAACUGGGAGGACAAGUUCGACUUCGUAAAGAGGCCUGGUCCAGCAUAAAAAAUAACAGUCCAGAAGCGUCCGUGCAUUCACAUCACUCAAGAAAUGGUUACUGUUUUCCAUCAGUGCUGGUACGUCCGAUAUGGCCAAGAUGGAGAUGGAGCGUUUACUCCGAGAGGCCCAGGCUGAGAAGCAGAGACUCCUCGAGCAUCGGUUGAAGAGAAGAAAUAUGAGAGCUCUGAGGUGCUAAAGAACGACAUACUCUGCAGCAUCACAAGUAGCUACCUCAUUACGGACUUUGGUGGAGAAGGGUGCUUUGCCAAAGUUGCCAAGGGUGUGAAUUUAAUCACAUCGCAGGACGUGGCCCUCAAAAUCCUGCAUACUGAGGAGACCGCUGAAAGAGAGAUCAAAAUGCUCGAAAUACUGAGCGUUCUUGACCCAGUCAAGAAGAAUGUGGUUCGGUUCUUCGAAAAGUUUUACCACAAAGGACAUACCUGUCUGGUUUUCGAAAUGCUUGACAGAUGUCUUUAUCAGCUGCUCGAAGAACGAGACUGGAAGCCACUGUCUCUCUGUGAGAUACGGCCGAUAACGCACCAGUUGCUGACGGCCUUUGACGCACUGAAGGGUAUAGGCGUCGUUCACUCAGACCUGAAGCCGGACAACGUAAUGCUGGCGAACCACGACACUGAGCCCUUCAGAGUCAAACUCAUUGAUUUUGGCCUUUCCUUCGCUACCCGAGAAGAGGCACGUGGGAUGUCAAUUCAGCCUCUGGGUUACAGGGCGCCUGAAGUCAUCCUGGGCCUUCCCGUGUCCGAGGCCAUAGACAUGUGGAGUCUUGGCUGCCUGCUCGGGUUCUUGUACCUCGCCGAACACCCGUUUGCGAUAAACUGCGAGUACCAGUCGAUGAAAGGCAUUGUAGACGUUCUGGGCCAGCCAGCUGACCACCUCCUCAGUGCUGGGGACUACACCCACAAGUUUUUUACGGCGAACCAGCACUGGGACAACCCAAGAUGGUGGAUGAAGGUAUUUUAA